AUGAGCAUCCUCGCCGUCACGGUGCGUCUGGUCGAUAGCGCUAGAGCACUUCUUCCUGCUUCCGAGCGCGAUACAGCUGGCGAAGCCUACUUUGAGCUUGCACAAGAUUUCAUCAGGAUCAGCAAGAACAAAUUGGAUAUUCGGCAUAUCCUCGCUCUAUAUCAUCUUGCACUAUUUGCCGAGGGUCGGACUGGCUCUGCAGGGUCUGUUUCCAGCUUCGUUGCAGAGGCUGUAGGGCUAGCCUUCACUACUGGAUUGCAUCGUAGUACGAAGGAAUUCAAUAUGGAUCCAGUGACAUUACAGAUUCGUACCCGUUUAUUCUGGGCUCUUUACACUUUAGACACUGCACUGGCAUAUUCUCAAGGACGUCCACCUCUGAUUCGUUUGUCAGAAUGUAGCGUAGACCUCCCUGCCAUCGUCGACAACGUGUACAUCAAGAAAACGGAGAUUCUCCCCCAGCCGGAAGACGAUCCGCCCCUCGCCAUGGCUGCGGCUGUAAAGAUGAUUGAAAUCUAUAUUGUCCUAGAGCAGGUACUCUCUGCAAUUAAUGCUCCGUCAAAAACACCUGCAGCAGCACUCUCCUUGGACAAUAAUACUCUAGAUCGUGGCGAUCUCAUGAGGCGGGCGCAAAAUCGGCUUGAAGAGAUUGAACGUGACCUUCCACCUUAUAUAUCGCAACUGGAUGUAACGCCGAGUGCCACCUCGAAAUUCUUUCAUUCGUGUCGGGUGAGAACUGUUCUGCAAUUCGUGAGAACAUUGAUAGCCCGUCAAGCUCUUAUCGACGAGUUGGACGCUGGGACAGAACUGUCUACCAGAGCAGCCAGCUUCGCUACAUCAGAAGCCUGUCGCGUCUCAGUGGAUACCAUCAAGACCUACUCCCGAUUACGACACCUUGGCCUCCUUCGUUUCUGUGGCUUUCACGCAGUAUCCCAUGUCACCGCUGCCGCGCAUACGCUCAUUGCAUGUAUGCUGAAGAGCUCCGACCUUGCCUUCGAGCAUCGACCCGACUUGCUCACAGCCAUUGACAUUCUACUGGUAUUUUCAUCGCCCUUUCCAGAUGUGGAGACCAUCGGUCAGCUACUUGUACAGCUCUCUCGCACGCUUGACCACAAUCAUGGGUCUAAUAGUCAGAGUGAAGCCGUAGCCAUCCGAGUCCUCGCUCGAAGAAUGGCCCGUUCUCCAACAAGGGCUGAGCCUCGAGACUCGGAAGGGACUACUUCUUGGCCGUUAUGGGAAGACGACGAAGAUCCGAGCCUUAACAUCGACCUUGUCUCGAGACUUAGCGUUCGGCCUCAAGCUCCACCUGCCCUUGCUUAUGGACAAUCAACUCUUUCAGAGAAGCGUCUUAUGUCUACCCCUCAAGAAGCCUCGUCAACUUUUAAUUCCAUAAAUGACAGCUCGGCUUGGCUAGCGCACAUCCCUGUCGAAUCGAUCGAGCCACAAUGGAUGACCGAUGCCACAGACCACGCGGUUUGGGGAGAUAGCUUCUCUUUCUUGAACGAUGGACUUUUCAGCAAGCUGUAA